AUGGUUGUUAAAAUAGCGUAUCUUAAACAAUGGCCAAUACGUUGCUUAUUGAUAUGGGCUACCAUUGUGUAUUUAAGUGCAAGUUGGGCUUUACGUGCUUGUGAGUAUCAAUCGAAUCAUGAACAUAGCCCAUUCACCGAGGGCCUGUGGUUAGCCGCUACAGUAUUCACUACUAUCGGAUAUAAUACUGUAGCGCCAUUAUCUCAUUGCGGAAGAACUAUUUGUGCUUUAGCGAACUUAUGUGGUCUUCUCACAGUAGCACUUUUUCUUGGUGUAGUUACACAAGAAUUAGCGCUAAAUCGUUGGGAAAACUAUUUACAUACUUUUGUUUUAAAUACUGAAUUAGUUAAAGAACAUAGACAUCAAGCAGCAAAUGUUAUUAAAUUUGCAUUUAAAAUAUGGCUUGGGAAAAAAAAACAUACACCAUUAUCAGCUAUGCGAAAUUUUCAAACUAAGAGAAAAUUAUUUGGAGCGAUACGUAUUAUUCAGAACAUUAGAAAUCGGCAACAACAUUUAACAUGCAAUCUGAUUGGUCUACCUGAAAUAAUGACUACAGAACAGAGUACAAAUGUUAAUACAGAUGAAACAAUACAAAAAAUAAAAAAAUUGGAAUCAAAAAUGAACAAAAUUGAAAAGCAUCUUGCCAAUGUGACCUAUGCAUUAAAUGGUUCACAAAAUGACUUUUAUUUCUCUUUAUGA